GUUGAUUUUGCUGAAAAUUUCAGCUGCAAGUACCUGGGAGAAGUUCAGUCAGCACACUGGAGCCAAGACCAAGUUACCCUGUUCACUGUUGCAAUCUGGACAAAGUCUGGAGACAAAAACAGCUGUUGUGAAUCUCACGUCAUUGUUUCACAUGAUUUGAAGCAUGACAAAAACAUCUGUUGCCGUGUUCAACGACCUUGUGAAGGGGAGACACCCAAACAUAACUCGAGUUUGGAUAUUUUCAGAUGGACCAAGCUCGCAGUUCAAGAACAGGUACAUUGCCCAUUUUCUCCAUUUACUUCAAGGUCAAGGUCUUAACAUCCAGUGGAACUAAUUUGCCACAUCACACGGGAAAGGGGCUGUUGAUGGUAUCGGGGGAACUGUGA